AUGCCUUCUUCACCUCGUGUAGCAAUUGUAACCGGCGGUAAUAGUGGGAUGGGAAUGGGGCUUGUUCGGAAACUAGUUGAAGAAAACUGGAAGGUGGCCAUCGCCGAUAUCAACGAGAACGAAGAGUUUGCGGAAGAGUUGGGUCAAGGGUCGAGCUUUCAUAAAUGCAAUGUCGCGGACUAUGACAGUCAGGCGGAUAUGUUCCAGCAGGUCUGGGAUAAGUAUGGGAGGAUUGAUGCGUUGUGUGCCAAUGCGGGCAUAGUCGACAAAAGCUCGAUUUUCAUAUUCGAACACCGCAACUCUGACAAGAUACCGCCAAAACCGGAUCUGCUCUGUACGGACGUGGACUUUAAGGGCGUUGUGUACGGAACGCAGUUGGCGAUACACUUCAUGCGAAAGAACACAGUACCUGGAGGGAAAAUCAUCGCCACUGCCAGCGUGGCCGCUGUGGUACCACAUGAAUCGUAUCCGGAAUAUGCUGGCGCCAAAGCGGCCGUUGUGAACUUUGUUCGGGCAACAGCGCGUAUUCUAAAGAAUAAAGAGAACAUCACCAUCAAUGCUAUCUGCCCGGGAAUUGUUCACACGUCCAUCAUCCCACAAGAAAUGGUAGAUGCCGUAUCUCCAGAGUGCUUGACGUCUGUUUCGACAAUCGUGAGCGCAUAUGAGAAGUUCCUCGAGGAUGAGUCCCUAUACGGCAGGGUUCUCGAGUGUUCAGCAGACAAACACUUUUUCCUGGAGCCGCCGACUCUUGCCAAUGGCCGCGUGUCCAGAAGGGCCGUGACCGUCUGGGAUCCGCUUUUCAAGAUAUACCAUAAGGAAAGUUCCGGGCUCCCCGACGCAAUUCCUUGA